CUUCUGAUCUUGACAGAGUAAAGCUAAACGUGCUCCUUUAAAAAUGACGAACAGAAAUCCAAAUUUGCUGGAAAGAUCCUAUGAUAUCGGUCCAUGUGACUCAACACAAACUAGUUCAAUUGCAGAUCAGAUAAAAGCAGUGAAGGACAGUGAAGUCUUUAUUGUAGACUUUAGGAAUUGCAGUGUUCUCCAGUGCAUAACAUGCAACACAGUGCUUGGAGACUCUCUCGCUAUCUGUGGGGAAGCCCAGAACCUCCAGUUUAUUAUUUGUUUGAAAGUUACUGAGGAUGUGAUCGUGAAUAAAAAGCUGAAGAUGAGCUUGGAUGGUCAGCUGGCUUCAUCCACUUACCAAGGCCUUCACUGUGCGGGUUGCCAUGGUUGUGUUGGCCUGGUUCUUCACUCCACCCCAGAGCACCUGUCUGCUUUACGAAAUCUCUUCCUUUUACGAAAAGAGCUAAUAAAUUGCUACAUGCUAAGAAGUGGCACAUGUAUUAAAGCCUCAAAAAUCAGCUUCAAACACAGAAUUAUGGACAAAAACAUUAAAGAGUUAAAACAGGAUUUGGAUGCUCAGCUGAAGCAGGUGACGAUUUUGGAGGCAAUGAUGGAAAAAUUGUGCACACACAAUGUAAAUUAA